GGGUGUAAUAUGGCUAGUGAGGAGAGUUUCGGGGUUUUGGUUCACCAUAGAGGAUCCAUUAAGAGAAAAACUCGCUCCGGUGUGAAGUUCACAGAUAAGGAUCCUCUCUGUAUUGUCGUGAAACCAACGACGAGCUAUGAUGAUCUUGUUAGAUCUGUGCUGAUGAAACUUGGUCUGGAAGGUGCGAAGCGAGUGAAGAAGUUUUUCUAUCGCAUUCCAAUCACUGUCUUGCAGGAUACGGUGAAGUAUGAUUGCUUCACGAUUGGUAGUGAUGAGGACCUGCAAGUCAUGUUUCUAUGUCGGAGGCAGUUUCCCGAGGUUAGGACACCAGAGUUGUUGGCAAAGUUGGUUGAUGUGGUAUCUAGCUCAGGGGGUUCGAACCGGAAUGCCACCACUGAAGCAGCGGCAGCCGGUUCGAGUUCAAGGCCUGCCGUUGCUUCUUCGUCCGUCCCUGUGUACGAGCCAGCGGUCGAACCAGUCGCCUCCCCGUCUUUUGCUGUUGAUCUGAAUGAUGGAGUAGGCGACGUGGUAGGAUCAGUUGAUAUUCUGCCGAACGCUUUACAGGGAGUUCCACCGGUUGGCAUCGGUGACGGAGUGUUGGGUGAUGUAGAGGAGGACGACGUCGAGCCGGAUAUGAUUGAGGAUGACAGCGGCGACGAGGUUGGAGCUACUGAGCCUGCAUUGGUAGUCGGUGGUUCUAGUUCUGGCACACAGCAGUAUCCACCACAUUUUUCCUCUUUGGACCUAGAUGCCAUGAGGCAAGAGGGUGUUUCAGAGCACUCUGUUGGAUUCGGAGCUAGAGAUGCUGAAGGGACUGCUGGUUUGACAGAGUUCCAGGUUGGUCAGCAAUUUCAGGAUAAAGACGAGGCCCUAUUAAGUGUGAAGACUUACAGCAUCCGGCGAGGGGUACAGUACAAGGUUGUGGAGUCUGAUCAUCGCCGUUAUGUGGGCAAGUGUUCUGAGUUUGGGAAUGGGUGCACAUGGUUGAUUCGACUAAGUCUGCGGAAGCGCAAGGGCAUUUGGGAGGUCAAGCGGUACAAUGGACCUCACACUUGUCUUGCGACCUCCAUCUCGAGUGACCACAGGAGCUUGGAUUAUCAUGUGAUUUCCGCGUUCGUUAUGCCAAUGGUUAGGGCUGAUGCAUCCGUCAGCAUCAAGGUGCUCCUAAAUGCCACGGCAGCACACUUCGGGUUUAGGCCGACUUACAGGAGGGUCUGGAUGGCGAAGCAGAAGGCAAUUGCCCUCGUAUACGGUGACUGGGAUGAGUCAUACAAUGAGCUCCCCAGGUGGGUUUUGGGAGUCCAGUUGACGAUGCCGGGUACUGUUGCAAUCCUACGGACGAGUCCUGUUCGAGUUAGUGGACAAGUAGACGAGUCUCAAGCUUUUUUCCACAGACUUUUCUGGACGUUUCCACCGUUCAUCCAGGCAUUUCGCCAUUGCAAGCCCUUAGUUAGCAUUGAUGGGACCCAUCUUUAUGGGAAGUACGGGGGUACUUUGCUCAUCGCGAUUGCACAGGACGGGAACUCCAACAUUCUACCCGUUGCAUUCGCACUAGUAGAAGGUGAGAAUGCAGAGUCUUGGUCAUUCUUUCUCUCCCACCUUAGACAGCACGUGACACCGCAGCCCGGUCUUCUGGUUAUAUCGGACAGACAUAACGGCAUAAAGGCUGCGCUUGAGGCUCCGGACGGAGGUUGGUUACCUCCAUCUUCAUACUGUGCAUUCUGCAUUCGACACGUAGCGGCUAAUUUUGCCCUUACCUUCAAGGGCAAGGAUGCACGUAGGCUUCUAGUGAAUGCCGCAUAUGCGAAGACCGAGGUUGAGUUUGAUUACUGGUUUGAUAUUCUUCGGUCUGAAGACCCGGCGAUGUGUGAGUGGGCGAACCGGAUUAAUUAUUCCUUAUGGACUCAGCAUCGUGACGACGGACGGAGAUUCGGUCACAUGACGACGAAUAUCUCGGAGUGUGUGAACUCAAUCCUAAAGGGUGUCAGAAACCUCCCUGUAUGCUCUUUGGUGAAGGCAACAUAUGGAAGGCUUGCGGAACUCUUUGUUCGCAAGGGUAGAGAGGCUGAGGCCCCCGAGACCACUCCGACGGGCUCUUUCUCAUUGGGUACCUACAGAGUAUCGCUUGCGUCCCGGACCUGUGACUGCGGGUACUUCCAGGCACUUCAUUUCCCGUGCCAGCACGCACUUGCAUGCUGCGCCUACUCACGGGUUACCUGGUCCUCUUAUGUUCACAGCAUGUAUCAGAUUAGUUCAGUGUUCCGUGUGUACCAGAUGGGAUUCACACCGCCGAUACCGGAGGGAUUCUGGCCACCUUACGACGGGCCAACCGUGAUCCCGGAUCCUGCCAAAAGGCGUGCGAGAGAGGGUCGUCCGAGAUCCACCAGGAUACGGACGAAUAUGGACGAGGCAGAUCCGAAUCGGCCAAAGAGGUGUAGCCUUUGUCGCCAACCCGGACACACCCGCAGGAGUUGCCCACAGCUUGGAGGACCGUCUCACACGGGGGGCCAGUAG